AUGUACAAAAACCAGCUACAGGAGCUAGCCCAGAGAAGCUGCUUCAAUCUACCUUCGUAUACCUGUAUAAGGGAAGGUCCAGACCACGCGCCGCGAUUCAAGGCUACCGUUAACUUCAACGGCGAGAUCUUCGAGAGUCCUCAGUACUGUUCCACUCUCCGUCAAGCUGAGCACUCUGCUGCUGAAGUUGCUCUCAAUGCUCUCUCUAAUCGUGGCCCUUCUCACUCCCUCGCCUCCAGGAUCUUGGAUGAGACUGGAGUGUACAAGAAUCUGUUGCAAGAGAUAGCUCAGAGAGUGGGAGCUCCUCUGCCGCGUUACACGACCUUCAGGUCAGGUCUAGGACACCAACCGGUGUUCACCGGCACCGUGGAGCUGGCUGGAAUCACGUUCACCGGAGAUCCGGCUAAGAACAAGAAGCAAGCAGAGAAGAAUGCUGCUAUGGCUGCUUGGUCUUCCUUAAAACAAUUGGCGAAAGAAACUUCAAGCUCAAUGCCUGAGCCGGAGAACAUUGACGAGCUAGAACAGGUGAUUAUAGCAAGAGCCUUGAUAAACUACCGUAUCAAGGAAAACAUCGGCAUGGGAACGGGAACGGGAGCAGGAAGCUCCUCGAGUGGUGGUGCUCCGGUUCCAUUUGCGAAGAAGUUCUUUAUGCAUAGCCCAAGACCAACAAGUCCACAGCCUUCUCCUGCGACCACAUCGAGAAUCUUACCCUUUAUCUCCUCAAGACCUUCUCUUAGAACCAGAUCUUUAGCAGCAGCUUCCAUUGAAAGAACCAUAGCAUCCGCUUUGGAGAGCCAGAACCGCAGCAGCUACCCGAGGCCGCCUCAGCAGAGAUAUGCAACUACAGGAACAGGAACUGGGGCUCCUCCUUAUGUUCCCAUGAGGCAUUUGAGAUCGCCGUGCCACGGGAUGGCUCCACCUGUUACUAUCAGAACCUCUGUGCCUGUCUUCUCUGCACCUCCAAUGCCUCCUCCUCCAUCCUCUACAAACUCUCAGCUACCUUCAGUGUACGUCCCGUCGCUAAUGAGGACCGCACCAGCACCACCGGUGAGGAUUGCACCGCCUGUGACUAUCAGAACCGCAGUGCCCGUUUUUGCUUCUGCCCCACCUGUGACUGUUAGAAAAGUGAAUGUCCAGACCACUGCUCAAGUAAACGAAACCCGGAUGCUAUCACUCCAUGAAAACAAACAGAGUGAUACUCCAUUCUUGCCUGAUAAUCUGGAAAUUGAAGUAGAAGGUAGAGUUAAAACAAAUCUUGCAGUGAGUGAGAAGAAAACAGCCGCUGAGGUAAAGGAGACCGAGAGAGCAGCAUCGGCAAGAGAGCGACUGGAGAAUCUCAACAUCUGA